CGCUCGCAGGGCGUGAGAGGGACGGGCUUCGGAAUGUGAUCUGUGUCGGGAUUCGAACCACCGAGCACCUAGGACUUGCUCGCUUUCAAAAAUUCAGUAUGGGCCGCCACGUUCAGGAGAUUUGAAACACCAGGUUGAACCUCCUUCUGCGUAUGCCCUGGUCACCUUGGAGGAAACGUGGGACUAAAGGAAGGUGACCGGCCUCCCCACGUCUGGACUGGGCUGGGUCGCGCUCGCCCUGCGGUUUGGGAUCUUUUGGUGUCUUCGGGCCGCAGCCUUGUCUAACUAAAGCGGGGACUGAUGCACUGAAGGAAGCAAAGGUUUUGCCCCGUCCGCUCACCCAAGGGCCCUAGAGACGGACUUUGCGGAUUAAUCUGCCUUGUACUUGAACGUUCUGCGGGGCGGGUCUGGAUGCAUUUGAGUGGGAACUGGAAUUGUAAGGGUUCCCAGGUAUUCCGGAAACCGAGUUUUGCGCACCACCACACCCGCAGCGUGGGAUUCGUGAUUGUCUCUGGCGAUCCUGGGACUUCAGCAUGUAUCUUGGUUCUUGGUUAAGUCGUCUGUGCAGGGGUUUAUCCAGACCCAUCGGAAAGACCACCCAGCCAAUCUGGGGUUCUCUCUCCAGAAGUCUGGCGUUGAGUUCACAAAGAAUUCCAGGUGAAAGCAGCGACGAGCUCCCGCCUGUUUCUGAUAACUUGUUUCCCCAGUCUUAACUGCAUUUUUAUAAAUUUAGUAGCUUUGUUGCUCGGACCAACACAUGUGGAGAAUUGCGUUCUUCCCACUUAGGCCAAGAAGUCACUCUGUGUGGAUGGAUUCAGUACCGAAGUCGGCUGCAUCUGUGAAGAAGCUUUUAUGUGAAGCCCCUGUGGAAUCUGUGCUGAAAGUAUCGGGGACGGUUAUCUCCCGGCCUCCAGGACAAGAGAAUCCAAAAAUGCCAACAGGUGAGAUUGAAAUCAAAGUUAAAACAGCUGAGCUCCUGAAUGCCUGCAAGAAGCUACCCUUUGAAAUUAAAGACUUUGUGAAGAAAACGGAGGCUCUUCGUUUGCAGUAUCGGUACUUAGAUCUGCGAAGCUUCCAAAUGCAGUACAACCUGCGGCUGAGGUCCCAGAUGGUCAUGAAAAUGCGGGAAUAUCUCUGUAAUCUACACGGGUUUGUGGAUAUAGAAACCCCAACAUUGUUUAAGAGGACCCCAGGGGGUGCCAAAGAGUUUUUAGUACCAUCCAGGGAACCUGGAAAGUUUUACUCUCUCCCUCAAAGUCCUCAGCAAUUUAAGCAGCUUCUGAUGGUUGGUGGUGUAGACAGGUAUUUUCAGGUUGCCCGGUGUUAUCGAGAUGAAGGUUCAAGACCAGAUAGACAGCCAGAGUUUACUCAGAUUGACAUAGAAAUGUCUUUUGUAGACCAGAUUGGCAUUCAGCGUUUAAUUGAGGGUUUGCUGCAGUAUUCCUGGCCUGAUGAUAAAGAGCCUGUGACGAUUCCUUUUCCUUCCAUGACUUUCGCUGAGGCACUGGCCACUUAUGGAACUGAUAAGCCAGAUAUUCGAUUUGGGAUGAAGAUUGUGGAUAUCAGUGAUGUGUUCAGAAACACAGAGAUCAGAUUUCUUCGAGAUGCACUGGCUAAGCCCCAAGGAACUGUCAAAGCCAUAUGUGUUCAUGAAGGAGCAAAGUACUUAAGAAAGCAAGACAUUGAAUUCAUCAAAGAGUUUGCAGCCCACCAUUUCAGUCAGGAAGUCCUACCUAUAUUCCUGAAUGCCAAGAGAAACUGGAGUUCACCAUUUGCUAAAUUCAUAAUGGAGGAGGAAAAGUUGGAAUUAACCAGAUUGAUGGAGAUCCAAGAGGAAGACAUGGUGCUCCUGACUGCUGGGGAACACGAGAAAGCAUGCUCUUUGUUAGGAAAGUUACGACUGCAGUGUGCGGACCUUCUGGAAAUGCGAGGAGUGGUACUCCGUGCCCCAGCACUGUUCUCUUUCCUUUGGGUGGUGGACUUCCCACUCUUCCUCCCUAAGGAGGACAGUCCCACAGAGCUGGAGUCGGCCCACCACCCUUUCACUGCUCCUCAACCCAGUGACAUUCACCUCCUCUAUACUGAGCCCCAAAAGGUUCGUGGCCAACACUAUGACUUGGUUUUAAAUGGCAAUGAGAUAGGAGGUGGUUCUAUCCGAAUUCAUGAUGCACAGCUACAGAGGUACAUCCUGGCAACAUUACUAAAGGAAGAUGUGAAAUUGCUUUCCCAUCUGCUCCAGGCUUUAGACUAUGGGGCACCCCCUCAUGGAGGAAUUGCCUUAGGGUUAGACAGACUGCUGUGUCUUGUCACUGGAGCCCCAAGCAUCAGAGAUGUCAUAGCCUUCCCCAAAUCCUACCGAGGACACGACCUCAUGAGCAGUGCCCCAGAUUAUUUGCCUCCUGAAGAACUGCAGCCCUACCAUAUCCAGGUCUCAUGGCCAACAGACUCAGAAGAGGACAGUGCAUCAGCCACACCUUCCAAACACUUGAACUCUUAAGUUUUGUCUUCUUUGCUUUACCAAGCCCAAAAUAAGAUCCAGAGCUGCCACAGACUUUAGAAUCAAAGUCUCCGUGUGGAAGCAGUCAUCACCAUAGGAAAAAACAGAAGCUACCCAAUUAUGAUUUGGUAACAUGUACCAUUAGGACUUUCUGUGGUUUGGACUUUUGUGGAAGGUUUUAAUUAAAGCACUGUAAAACAAAACAGAAAA